AUGACCUACCACGAGGGUGGAAAAUUGUCAGCAGCAUCAAUGGAGUUUCUCUCUGUCUCUCUUUGCUUCGUCCUCUUUCUCUUCAUAAUCCAGAGUGUGACAUCUCAAAAGCCAACUAUCAAGGAAAACGCUAUCUAUCCUCCAAGAGGCUGGAAUUCUUAUGCUGCUUAUGGCUGGAUAAUUAAUGAAGAUGAUUUCAUGAAGAAUGCUGGAGAACUUUCCUCACGUCUUCUUGAUCAUGGAUAUGAGGUUGCUACUGUGGGUCCAUUUUGGCAUAGGAAUGUUGAUGAUGGAAGUGACAGCGUUGAUGAAUGGGGGAGACCAUUCCCUGACCCAAAGAGGUGGCCUUCUUCUGUUAAUGGCGUAGGGUUUAAAGACGUUGCUCAACGAGUUCACAGAUUGGGUCUCAAGUUUGGGAUUCAUAAAAAACCUUAUUUCGAGCUUCAUACGUGGAGAGCAGGAGAAAUAUAUACAGUGCCGUGUUCCUAUGAGUUUAAUUUCUUACAUGUCAACACAUCAUUGGGAGCUGGAAAAGCCUACAUGCAUUCUCUCAUUCAGUUGUUUGUUGAUUGGGGUGUUGAUUACGUGAAACUUGACUGUGUGUUCGGGGAAAGCUUUGAUUUAGGUACAAUAACUACAGUAUCAGAGAUAAUGAAAACGCUUGACGAACCUAUGAUCCUUUCUGUGUCUCCUGGAGACAAAGCAACAGUGGAGAUGUCUAAGCAGAUCAAUGGAUUGGUAAACAUGUAUCGUGUGGGUCCAAAUAGCUUGGAUCAAUGGCCACUAGUGAGAGACCAUUAUUUUGAUUUAGCCAGGGAUUAUGCCGCAGCAAGGUUGAUUGGAGUUGAUGGUUUAAGGGGGAACUCAUGGCCUGAUUUGGACAUGUUACCAUUUGGACGGCUAACAGAUCCAGAAAAGAAGGAAGGUCCACAAAGGCUUUCUCAACUCACAAUCGAUGAGCAAAAAACUCAGAUGACACUGUGGUCAAUGGCAAAAUCUCCAAUUAUGUUUGGUGGGGACUUAGUGAGGCUUCCUUUAGAAACCUUUAUUCUCCUCAUACAUCCUGUCCUCACAGAGAUAAGCUUUUACAGCUCAAAUAAUAUGGAGUUUGUUAAUAAACCUGAUACUAAUCUUCGAGCUUGGGUUGCAACUGGAAGAAACCCUGGACGAGUGUAUGUUGCACUUUUCAAUCCACAUGACCUUGCCAGGUCUACAAGCGUGUCACUACCAUACAUAGGAACUAUAGUUCAAGGUCACCCAUUCAGAGAUUGCAAAGGCCGUGAUAUAUGGAAUGAUGACAGCACAGUUGCAAAUGGCUUUGCUUCAACACAACUUCGAAUACAUGGAUGUUCAUUGUUCGUUCUAGAUUGUAAUUAA